CGGGAUCAUUUCCCUCAUAUUUUCGUGAAAGCCUCCCCAAAGGAUACGUAAAGAGGGACUAUAUUUUCCCCAUUUCAAGUCCUAGCCUCCAUUCCCAGGAGGCUACGACGUGCUUCAAAAGACAUAUUUAUACACAGAAAAAGAAGAAGAUCGAUCCAUAUAUUCGCACACAUCAACAGCAAAAGGGGUUUGAGGAAUCGAAGUGCAAUAUAUAAUGGACAAUGCAGGAAGAGCAAUCGUUCUUGCAUUGUGCAUUACUCUGGUGUGUUGUGAUGACAAUGGUGGUGGUGGAGGUAAAAGGAAAAUACCAGUCGCGGGGCCAGACCUAUUCAAGGGUAUUAAUUUAGCCAAGGACACUCUUGUUGCUGGUGAGAAAAUUUUCAACGUCAUGACUUUUGGGGCCAAGCCUGACGGCAAGAGUGACAGCACUCAGGGUUUCAUGCAAGCAUGGCAAUCAACCUGCAAAUCCCCAACGCCUGCGAGGAUGUACGUGCCAGCAGGUUCUUUCUUGGUUGAUUCAAUGUUCUUCCAAGGGCCAUGCAGCAAUCCAAGAGGCAUCACAGUUCAAGUUGAAGGAACCGUUUUGGCUUCCACAGAUCCAUCUGUGUAUGAGAAUGGCGAAUGGCUCAUGUUCGAAAACCUCGUUGGCAUCAAACUCAUUGGUGGCGGUACCUUCGACGGUCAGGGCAAGUCUUUCUGGGAAUUCAACGUCGACUGUGACAAAAACUCUGGCAGUACAUGCGUCAGACUCCCCAGCAGCAUAUUCUUCAACAACGUGACUAAUGGACUGAUACAGAACAUCAAGUCUUCGAACUCCAAAGGCUUUCACAUCUUCAUCACAAACUCUGCAAACAUCAGAGUACGGAAAGUUAAGCUGAUUGCACCCGAUGAUAGCCCCAACACCGAUGGCAUUCAUAUAAGCCACUCCAUCAAUAUCAUUGCCUCCAGGAAUACCAUUGGAACAGGAGAUGACUGUGUUUCUAUCAUUCAAGGAGUCAAGAAUGUCGCCAUCAACAGACUCACCUGCGGCCCUGGACAUGGCAUCAGUAUUGGUAGCCUUGGGAAGUAUGAGGAUGAGCUGGAGGUGAGCAACAUUCAAGUGCAGGACAGCACCUUGGUGGGUACAACCAAUGGUCUGAGACUCAAAGCAUGGCCGGAUAAGUAUCCUGGAGCGGCUUCGUCCAUAUUCUUCUCUGGCAUUGCAAUGAACAAUGUUAAAAACCCCAUUAUCAUUGAUGAACAGUACCAAUGCGAUCCUGAAAACUGCAAAGCCAAGCCAUCAUUGGUGAAGCUGAGCAACAUACAUUUUUCAAAUAUAAGGGGUACAUCAUCAUCACCAAUCGGAGUGGACUUAAGGUGCAGCGAACUGUUCCCAUGCCAAAACGUUGUGCUUUCUAACAUUGACCUUAAGAUGGGAGGCAAACCUGUCACCAGCAGAUGUGUCAGUGUCAAACCCUCCUAUGUCGGCAUAAAUACCCCAUUGCCUUGUUCUUAAUAAUUAGGCCAAUCUUCUUAUUAUCAUAUAGCGAGGAAGGGAAUGAGGGACAGAUUGGGGGGGUCAACGGGAGCUUAUUCUUGUAGCAGCACCAGUACAGUACAGAUAAUGCCUAUCUCAAAAAUGUGUCGAUUCUAUAUGAUGAAAUGGGGAAAAUGUCCUAUUCUUUCGAUUUA